GGUUGGGUUCAGAAAGGGAGAAUCUUGCAACCCCCUCCAAAUUAAAUCAGCCUUAAAAUUGAAAAUCACCAACCAUGACGCUCUUCAAUGGAAUCAGACCAUUCUAUAGCCACGACAGAACCUCGGCCAUUUUCGCCAUCACGCUGCUCGUGGUUAUCCUGGUGUUUCUGGUCUUCACCGUAUCGCUUGUCGCCAUUCUACCCGGAAUCCGAGGGAGAGGGAGACUCUAUUCGUUCUGCAGAAUUGUUUUAAGCCUUUUUGUUGGAGCCAUCAUUGUAGUGGUCAACUUUACUGGUGACUGGGGAGCUGGACUUGCCACAGUGAACACAUCUUACAAGGCUUUCAGUAAUGAGACAAUCACUGCGAGAGUGGGGCUCCACAUUGGACUGGCAGGAAUCAAUGUGACUCUGAAAGGACUCCCUGUGAACCAGCUGAAUGAAACCAUUGACUAUAAUGAGAACUUUCUGUGGAGAUUUACAAUGAAUUAUGAUGAGCAAUAUUCCUUGGGACUUGACCGAGGGCUUCCACAUCCAAUAUUAUAUGUUGCAGAGAAGUUUCAUAGUAGGAGCCCCUGUCUUGUUUAUGGCCAGUACAGGUUUUCUGGACACUAUGCAACAGCUAUGAUGUGGGUGGCGUUUUGUGCCUGGAUCGUCACUAAUGUUCUCUUCUGCAUGCCAAUAGUUGUGUACGGAGGGUACAUGGCUUUGGUCACAUCUGCUUUCAUGAUCUUUGGAGUCAUCGCAUUUUCCACUACACAGAACGUACCUCAAUGCAUUAUUCAGUUUGGUCCAACGACACUGAAGACGGACUUCGGUGCUUCUUUCUGGCUGACAUUAGCAACUGCCUUGUUGUGCUUCGUUCUUGGAGUAAUUGUUAUCGUUAUGGAUCACUGCGUCCCCGAGAAACUGAGAAUAUUUUUCAUGCUGGACGGAGAGGGUGACGAUGAUGAUGAAAUGGGCAAAGGAAUAAUGAACCAAAGUUUUGCUGAUGAUUAUGGAAAUGAUCUAUAUUUAAAGAAAAUGAAAAAUAGUUUUGGAAAUAAGGACUUUGUUGUUUAUACCUAA